AGUACCAAAUCACAUGAAUUAAAUGCGAUUUCUACUACUACUCGCCAUCUCCAUUACCUACGCGUCGGCCCUAUCUUGUCCGGAAGUUACUCUAUCACAACGGCCGAAACAUUGCAAAAAAGAGUGUAUAGCAGACGAAGAUUGUAAAAGAAACAAAAGAUGUAUGUGCGACGGAGAAUGUGGCUUGAGCUGUGUGAACCCAAUUGCAAUGUGCCACCCACUUCCAAAUAUUGAAAAUGGAUUUAUACGAACUGCUGGUGAUUUGCGAUUUGGAUCAAAUGCAGAAUAUGGAUGCAACAAGGGAUAUAUACUAGUUGGUGCCAGUCAGAGAAGAUGUCAGGCUAACAAAGAAUGGAGUUCUUCACAACCUGUUUGCAGGUUACAAUUAAAAUGCGGGCCACCACCGGAAAUUCCAUUUGCCGUUCACGACGGGUCUUCAUUUUCCGGAGAGUAUGACCUUGAUGCUGAAGUUGCUUAUAAUUGCAUACCAGGCUAUCACAAAUUCAACGCAAAAGGUCUUUCAAUAUCAAAAUGUCUGUUGAAUCGGAAAAAUGUUGCACAAUGGUUUGGACCUGAUUUGAGAUGUAAAGCAAGAGCAUGUCCGGAUCCCGGAGAUAUAGAAAAUGGUCUUCGAGAGGGAGAUACAUUUGAAUAUCCCCAUCACGUCAAGUAUUCAUGUAACCCUGGUUUUCUUCUUGUCGGUUCGACUUCCCGUCAAUGCUCCAGUAACGGAGAAUGGACAAAUGAGCCGGCUAAUUGUAAAGCUACUGAAUGCUCUCGUCCGUCAAGCCCACUUCAUGGAAAAGUUGUCGGUAGCUCAUUGACAUACCAGUCCGUUGUGACGUACUCCUGUGAUCAUGGUUAUCGCCUCGUUGGUCAAGUUCAACGAAUAUGUUUAGCUGAGGGAAUAUGGGGAGGAAAUGAGCCGCGAUGUGAAGAAAUUCGAUGUUCAGUACUUCCAACCCUUCCCAAUGGAUACAUUGAGGGCAGUGAAACGUCAUUCGGAGCUGUCGCAGUUUUCAGGUGCUUGGAAACAAUGACUCACGAGGGAGCGUCAAAGGCAAAAUGCAUGGAAGAUGGUCAAUGGAGUGCUCCGAUUCCAAGAUGUUUAGCUUCUUGUAGAGUACCACAUAUACAAAAUGGAAAAAUAAGAGACAAAAGCGAAGGUCAACUCAUUGCGUCCGGUUCCAAAGUGAUUGUUGAAUGCAAUAAGCAACACGAAGCAAACAUCGAUGAACGCCUAAUUUGUAGCAAUUCCACAUGGUCACAUGUUCCAGUUUGUAGUCCUUUAAGCUGCCACAAUUGGCCGCCAAGGGUUCCACAUGCUCGAAUUCUAUUCUCGAAAUCAUCGCACGGCUCAAUCGCCAAAUAUGAAUGCAACAAUGGUUAUCAUCCAAACAGAAAUAAUCAAAUUAUAAAAUGUCUUUAUGGAGAAUGGACUAAAGACGGACCACCAAUGAAAUGUUUACCAAGUUGGUGUGAACACCCUAGCAAAACAUAUGGAACACUUCCUGGCGGACAAAUACUUCUGGAGGGAAUCCUUGGUGCAUACGAGUUUCAAAGUUAUAUUCAAAAAGUAGAAGAAGGGAGAGCUAUCAGUUUUCAGUGUGGGAAGGGCAAUUAUUUGAUUGGGCCCCCUAAGGCAACUUGUGUGAAUGGUGAAUGGAUGCCAAAAGUGUCACCCAAAUGUGUUUCGCAAACGCAUCCAAUGAUUGAAGGAAAAAUUCUUUGGGACCGAAAAAAACGAAGUUUGCCUGGCAGAGCCGUAAGAGAAUAUGUCGAUGAUGAACUAUCAACUCAUCGGCAACACUCGGGAAAAUGUGGAAUUGUGUCGGGAAAACUUGAAAGAAUGAUAAUGCAACACUCUGACAAUGGAGUCUCGGUGAUUUGCAGAGAAGGAUACGAAUUUGCUAGCGAAAGAGUUGUCGGAAAAUCUACUUGUGUUAACGGGAAAUGGAAACCUGAAAUAGCAGAGUGCAUUCCAAAAUCAUGUCGGGUACCAAUAAGACUUCACGUGUUUUUUUUAAAAGCGGGUACAUCUCAAAUUUUGCAAUCCAAUGAUGUAGUAGAAGAUGGAACUGUCGCGCAAAUGGCAUGUCUACGUGGUUUCCAUUUAAGCGGUAAUGGAGUUCUAGAAUGUAUAAAAGGAGACCUCAGAGAGCCACUCGGUCAUUGUGUACCACAAGAAUGUAUAUUAUCUGAGUUAAUCGUUGGAAAAUACAAUACAACAGCUGAAACUAUCAAAAAUGGAGAGAAAGUUCUUCUAAUGUGUACAGGUACAAAUGUAACCAUAUCUUGUUCCAAGGGUAGUUUGAACCCUCUACCAUCUUGUCAUGAAAACGAAUCCCGGUUUUGCAUUGCGCCUCAAGAUACCACGCCUGCAAUUAUUUACAGAUAUCAUGGAUUAAGGAAAACCCACAUUGAUAGAUAUCAGACAGCCUAUCCUAAUGGGACUAUUUUUCAGUUCAAAUGUAACGACAAAGAAGAGGCCGGCGGUAUAGAGUGUGUAAAUGGAGAAUGGGUCAGCAACUUACUGCCAUGUGUCACUGCUAACAUUACCAAUUGGAAAACUCCGACCAACGACGAAAUGUGCCCACCUCUGCGCUUAGAAUUGAAUCAGAAAAUAUUCAACGUGGAAAACUACAUACCUCAUCAUAUGCAUCUGUUUGCUCAUGGGACAAUACUCAAUGUUGGCUGCUUGACAACAAGCAAUUCUGCAGAAACUGUGCCAAUCAAAUGCAGACGGGGAAAGUGGGGUUACAAGAAGAAAUUGAACUGUUCCAAAACCGAAACAAUUUGCACUCUAAAAAUGAAUAUCAACUCUCACACAGUCAUCUAUCACACACAGAAGAAAGAAACAGUUGUGUUCAACCAAAAUUUUGAGUCUGGAUCCAAAUUGUUGUUCCGAUGUGCUAAUAUUGGAUUGGAGCAGUUGCAUGGAAAAAAAGAAUUGCAGUGUUAUAAUGGUGUAUGGAGUAGUCCUAUUCCAUACUGUAUUCCAAUUCAAGCCACCGGAACCAGUGUGCCAAUUAAGUAUUCAGUUACUCAUGGUACUCAUGCCAUCUCAUCAAAAGGCGAACUGAUUGUAUCCAGAGCGGCAAAUGUGAAAUUGGCAUGUCUCACUGAGAAAGUGGCAUCGGAUCCAAUUUGGAAAGUCACUUCCACUUACCGUUCGUAUCCGACGCAGUGGACAAAGGCAAAAACUGGAGAUUACGAUGAUAUUGACGGAUUUGAAAUUUCAAUAGCUAGUGUACAACCAUUCGACAGUGGAAUGUUGCACUGCGUUUUGCCAAAUGGUGCUAGAAAUUCAAUAAAGCUAAUUGUUCACGAAGAAAAAUGCCUACUUCCAAUUGGCCCGACAAACUUACAAGUAGAUCUAUCGAGCCCUACAUUGUUCGUCGGAACUGUUGCUCAGUUUUCGUGCCCGCCGGGAUUUUCUGUAGAGGGAAGUGCAGUUUCUACUUGUCUUGAAGAUGCAACAUGGAGUCACUCAGCACCAAGAUGUGUUGCAGCUCACUGCCCGGCAGUAUUUGUAAAUGGAACCCGGAUGACUGUGACGGUGACUUCUUAUAGAACUGGCGGUGUCGCUCAUUUCAAAUGCCAUAAAGGAUUCACGUUGAUUGGAGAACAAAACUUGCAUUGUACAACUCAAGGAACUUGGAGUCACGACUUCCCAUACUGCAACGUUGUCCAUUGCCCACCUCUUCUUCCGCCGGCAAAUGGUCAUUUUAUUGGAGAGCCAAAGGAGAUUAACACAAAAGGAGACAUUGUUUUGCUUGGAUGCCUCCCGAAUUACAUGCUGACUGGCGGCGAUUUUUCUGUCUGCCAAGCCGAUGGCGAAUGGAGCGAGAUCAAGACGAAAUGCGACGGCUACUGUAGGCAUCCAGGGCAACCCGACCAUGGAGCUACCACCACAAUUGCUAAAGAUUAUUAUUCUAUCGGGGAGAAAAUUGUGUUUUACUGCCCGUCUCAGAAUUACAAAUUGAGUUCUGACAAUGUUUUGGUUUGCAUAUCGCCUGGUCAAUGGUCACGACGUUUACCGCUAUGUCUACCUUCCAAUUCUUAAAAUUGGCUGACUAAUUUAUCAAUCAAAAAUAAAUUCCUUUCUCCCUCUUAUGUCUCAGUCUCAAGGUUUAGUUUUUAAUUCUCAAUUUGGGUGUUUUUGGGAGUGGAAUGGAAUGAAGAU